GCCUUUCCCUGUGGCCUGGGCAGUCUGUGAACUUGAGUUCAUUAGGAGAUUUUUGUUGGGGGGUGGCAGGGGGGAAGCUCUGCUAGGUAGAGAGCCCUCCAUUCCGGAACCACUUCCUGCCCCCCAAGUGGUUCUGCCCAGUGCUGGUUCUAAUAGGCAUUGUGUCAUACCUCCCAGAAGCCUGAGAGAGACUGCGAUGGUUUAUUGUUCCUUAGGGGGGAAAUCACUUGGAGGAAAUACAUCAGCGCUUCAGAGUGCAGAGUAUUUCUCUAUGUGUGAGUUAGAGUAGGCUUUUGAACAACAUGUAUGUGUAUCCCUGUAGGAAGGAAUAAAUGUACAAACCCUCCUCACAGCUCCAUUCUGCAGCUUUCAUUUCCUGAAAGGUACAGGGCGCUUAAUGGUUAAGGGAUUGGAGUUUAGAGCUGGGAUUUUGAAGAAACUGUUUUUAGCCUGUCCUUGGAGUUGGGCCAGGCCUAGAAAUCUGUUGAAAUAGCUUUCUUCAGCUGCUAAAAUUGGGAUGGGCUCAUAACACUAGGACCCUGAGUCUCACUGAUGACUGGCCCUGGGAAGGAUCCCUGCUAAGGCCUGGGAUGCCUGCAGCUCAGCGACCUCCUCCCUUGCCCCGCCCACCACAAAACCUGGGACAGAGUGGACCUCCCUGUGGAAUAACUCUGGAUUUCCCCUCUGCCUUGAUCAGAAUCUGCUCUUGGUCUUCCUAGGAAAACUUCCUAUUUGGGGACUUGGGGAGGAGUUGUGAGCAGGGAGCCCUCUGAAUUGAUCCUGCUUCUCAGAAGAUGCACUAUUAUAGAUACUCUAACGCCGAGGUCAGCUGCUGGUACAAGUACCUCCUUUUCAGCUACAACAUCGUCUUCUGGUUGGCUGGAGUUGUCUUCCUCGGAGUUGGACUAUGGGCAUGGAGCGAAAAGGGGGUGCUGUCCGACCUCACCAAAGUGACCCGGAUGCAUGGGAUUGACCCUGUGGUGCUGGUCCUGAUGGUGGGCGUGGUGAUGUUCACACUGGGCUUUGCUGGCUGCGUGGGGGCCCUUCGGGAGAACAUCUGCCUGCUCAACUUUUUCUGCAGUGCCAUUGUGCUCAUCUUCUUUCUGGAGCUGGCUGUGGCCGUGCUGGCCUUCCUCUUCCAGGACUGGGUAAGGGACCGGUUCCGGGAAUUCUUCGAGAGCAACAUCCGAUCCUACCGGGAUGACAUAGACCUGCAGAACCUCAUCGACUCCCUUCAGAAAGCUAACCAGUGCUGCGGGGCAUACGGCCCUGAAGACUGGGACCUCAAUGUCUAUUUCAACUGCAGUGGUGCCAGCUACAGCCGCGAGAAGUGUGGGGUGCCUUUCUCCUGCUGCGUGCCAGACCCCGCGCAAAAAGUUGUGAACACACAGUGUGGCUAUGAUGUCAGGACUCAGCUGAAGAGCAAAUGGGACGAGUCCAUCUUCACAAAAGGCUGCAUCCAGGCGCUGGAGGGCUGGCUCCCCCGGAACAUCUACAUUGUGGCCGGUGUCUUCAUCGCCAUCUCACUGCUGCAGAUAUUUGGCAUCUUCCUGGCGAGAACCCUGAUCUCUGACAUUGAAGCGGUGAAGGCAGGUCACCACUUCUGAGGAGCCAGAGGUGGACGAGCAGAGCUGAGCCACGCGUGGAGGCCGCAGCCCUUCACUGCCAUCAACUUUAUGUCCAGAGGGAAACGGACGCACCCAGCACCCCAUCUUCAGCACCCACUUGAUGUGACCUCUCUGUUUUCUGCUUGCCGGCGCUGAAGACCAAGGGACCCCCUGCACAGAUUUGUGGCCAAGACCCCCGCAGGGGUCUGCCUGGAGUCAGAGGACAUGUCUUUCAGUGGGGGAGGUGACCUGAGGGACAGAUGGCUCUGGUGGUUGCAUCCUGGCCUCCUCACCACUCAUGUGUCAUUGGUGCUGGCCUGGAAGCCAGCUGCACCUUAUGUGGACCUCUGAGUACCAGCAGGGCCCGCAGUGUCUGCACAAGUCGGAGUGUUGGCAGGAUCCUCAGCCAUGUCCAAGUGAAAUAAGCCUGAGCCAGUGCGUGGGCUGGUGCCGCAGGAGUGCCUUGUCCACCACCCUCCCAGCCCCCAGGGUCAGGAACUGCCUCCAGCCUCAAUAGCAUUAUGCCCUGAUGGCAGGAGGGGGCAGUGGGCACGGCUCUCCUCUGAGAGUCAGCUCUUCUUUUCCUAAAGUGUGUAAAUAGUUUAUUUAUAGAGUAAGAAUGUUCCCACACCACGUCUUCAUUUCCUCUGGCAUUCUUCUCUCAACAGCCUUACAUGGUGUCUGGGACUGAAAUCACCCCUUUCAGUUCCCUUGAGUGUUUCAUGAAUCAACCCCACCAGCUUCUCCUUUUCAUGCCUAGUCACCCAGCUGCACAUCUGCGCACCCCCAGCCCACAUACCCCCCACGCCCCCCCUCACUUGGCCUCACUGUCUCUGGUCUUGGUGCUACUGAAACUGUUACCCGGAACUUGAACCCUGGCCCUCCCCACUGCAGAGCCAGGGAGCCCCCCAGAGACGGCCAGCCGGAAACCUUUGGCCAGGGCUCCUCUCCAGGCCAUGUGCUAAGGGCCGGCUGGCCAGCUUGGCAUUCGCCUCUCCCUCGGGCCAAGGCCGCUGGGCCGAGUCAUAGACCCCAGCCUGCAGCUGUGCAGAGGCUGGACAUUUCGUUGCUGAUUUUUGUGGUGACCCUCCACCCUCUGAUGGGGUAUCUUGGUCACCGUGUCCACCCUUCCAGUCAGGGCUAUUGGGGGCUUGCUCUUGGAAAUGAAGUCUGUCUCGUGUACUGAAUAAGCCCCCUGGGGGUAGCUGGGACAUUUGUGCAUCUUUGGCGGGGCUACACUCUUAAUGCUUCUCUGGGUCCUGUACCAGUCCUGUCCUCGUCGUUCGGGGAUGGAGUGCUCCCUUUACUUCCUUGCCGAAGUGUACAUGCUAGUGUGGUGUAUACUGGUGGGUGUUUGUUGAUGAUGUUGGUUUUGUUUUUUUACAAUUUUCUUUGUAGACUAAGGAAGAAGAAUGCUUGUUUUUUAGGAAGUGUGAUGCUUUUCUUUGACUGCCAAACUCUUUUGUGGAAUAUAUCUUUAUAUUAAUGCUGUUGUUC